AUGGGGCGCCCCUCGUUGAUGAGGAAACUCAGCACAGCAAGUGUGAGCGGCUCGUUUAGCAAGGGACCUGGCAGUCUGCGACGCAGAACGAGAGGGGCAGCCUGGAAUGGGCACCAUACUUCUCGCUUGGAAAUUUGUGACGAUGGCGAGGCCGACCAUGACCUGACGCUCAAGGCGGGUCUCGCCAGCUAUCUGAGGAGCUCAACGGUGGCCAGGUCUCGAACCACGAAAAGACCGAGACUGCAGCCGUCGACAUUCCUCGGGCCCUCGGGUGAGCAACCGCUGUCGAGUGAUGGCGGCCUGACCAGUUCACGCCCAGAUCAUAUGAUUUCGCUGCACAAGGUCUCCCCGGCUGAUGGUACGGAAAGUCCGACGCCAGCCGAGCUACUGGGCCUGUCUCCAGAGGGCAGAAGGACAGACGAGGCUAGGGAUGGCGAUGGGUGCAAUGGUUCGCAGCCCAAGGAGCCGAGCCGAUGGACGAAGAUGGUCACGCUCAAAAGCGAGGGGAAGGGACAUCAUGGUUUCCGGGGCUUGUUUCGAUAG